GAUAAUAGAAAACUUUCUACGUCAAACAUUUGAUAGAUCUAGUACUAUUUCAUCGAAUAAAUGAGCAAAAAAAAAUGAACAGGACAGAACAGAACAAAACAAAACAAACUUUAUAAUUCAAUGAUAUUUUAUACUAUUGAAUGCCAAUUAUUCUAUUUAAUAUAACAAUUAUAGAGAUAUCUAUAUGUAUCAUGUUAUGAAAAUAGAAUGAAUGAGGAAUUAAAUAAAAAUUUUGAUCCCAUAGCAACAAAUUUAGAAGAGCAUACAAAAAAUUCUAAAGAAAAUCAAUCAAUCAAUAUUAUAAAUACAUUACAUGAUCAACAAUUAUAUAAUAAUAAUAAUAAUAAUAAUACUCAAGACUAUAAUACUAUAGAAACUAUUAUAGAACCAAAUAAUUGUGUACAAAUCAAUAAUGAAUUAGUAUUUCAACAAAAUGAUACAUCUAAUAUAAAAGUAUUUAAUAUUGUCCUUGAAGAAGAAGAAGAUCAUGAUAAUGAUGAUGAUUUGGAAUAUAAUCAUAAAGAGGAGAAAUCAACGGAACAUAUAUAUUAUCUUCCAUUAGCCAUAGGGAAUUCAAACACAUCUAAUGAAAUAUUAGGAAAAGAAUUUAUUACUACUUUAACCGAUUCGAAUUCAAAUAGUAUAUCAGAUAAAAUUUUAUAUGAUUUAGGUAAAUCAUUAAUGAAUAGUCAUGAUGAUGAUGAUGUGAUGAAUAAAGAAGAGUGUUCAAAAGAAGAAAUCAAUGAAUCAUCUAAAUUGAUAAUGACAAGUUUUGAUGCGAAUUGUUCUAAUGUCGAAACUGCCAAUACUAGUGUGACGACGAUGACGACGACAACGACGACGACGACGGCAACAACAACGAUAGUUACUACUAGUUCUGUUAUUACUAAUAUAACAACAAAUACUACUGAUAUGAUAACUACAAUUUCUACACCUAUUACUAGUCCUAAAAUUGAUCUGAUUACUGUAAAUUUAUUAAGUUCAAAUGUUAUACCAGAAAGUAUCGCACAACAAUUUAAUCAAAUAGCUAAAUUGAAUAAAAGUAAUUUAAGUAGUAAACGAACAAUUAGAACAACUACUGCAAAACUUAGUCCAUUUACAGAUUCUAAACGUCAAGCAAGCUUUGAAGAUGCACAUCUUACAGAGAUUAAUUCUAAUACUGAUUUAAAUAAAAAUAUACAAAAGAAUUUAUUGAAAGAUACAUAUCAUGCUCGAUUUCAUAGUGAUGAAAUAGCAACAUUACAAGAUUAUGUUUUAAAACCUCAAACUCAAACUAUUCUUGAUUUGGAAUAUACUAAUUUAGAAAAUACUGAUAUUGAUCAUGUUAAUUCUUCAUCUAAUACAGGAUGUAAUAAAAAUAGAAAUAGUAAUGUAUUUCGUAGUAAAAGUGCUUUAAGUACUUUACCACAAACUAAAAGAGGACAACGAUAUGGUCAUGGACAUCAAUCGGAACCUAGUUCACAAGGCACUGAUUCUGUUUACAGGCAAUCACCUCUUUUAGCCCAUGAAAAUAUAUCACAUUCUCAAGGUCCAAGCAGUGGUUUUACUGCUUCAGAAGAAGGUUCUUCGAGUUCACUGCCAUCUUUAGAUACUGGAGGUAGUAGUUCAACUGGUGGAGGGUGUAGCAGUGGUCACACACAAACAGCAGAUGAAGAUCAUUCUAUUGGAGAUGAAUUGAAUUCAGCUAAUACCACCAUUUUACAUUCCAUUUCCAAAAUAUCAAAAAAUAAUAAUGAGUGUGAUAAACAUAAUUCUCAACUGUUACAUUCAGAUGAAGCGAAAAAUCUUCAGUCAGAUAAUGUAUCAUCUGAUAAAACUGUGUUAAUAUUGUCGAAAAGGCGACAUGCUGUCAAAGAACUUAUUCAUGUUGAAAAAGAAUAUGUGAAUGCAUUAACUACUCUAGUCAAUAUGUACAUGAUACCUUUGAAGCAAGAAAAGAUUCUAGAUGAUCAACAAGUGGAUACUAUCUUUUUUAAAGUGCAAGAAUUACUCAUGUAUCAUAUGAGUUUUUUAAAUACACUUCAAAUGUGGGAAUUAACAAAUACAGUUGGUGAUAAGUUACUUGAUAUGUUUUCACGUGAAGCAGUUGCAAUGUGCUAUUGUACAUUUGUAGAUAAUUUUUCCAAUUCUGAAAGAACUCUAGAAACAUGCUGGAAUACAAAAUCAUCAUUUCAAAAAUUCUGUGAAAUGAAGUUACGGAUGAAUCGUAAUAAACUUCCAUUGAAAGCGCUUCUUGUACAACCUGUUCAACGGAUACCCCGAUAUGAGUUACUUAUUAAGCGUUUAUUAGAAUCAACUCCUAAAGACUAUUCAGACCAUGCAUUACUUGUUGAAGCAGAAAGUGCUAUACAUCGAUUGGCUUUAAGAGUAAAUGCUGUACAUGCUGCUGGUGAAGAUGAAAAUAUUGUAGAUGGUAUACGAUUAAUUGAAAAACUUUUAGCACCUGCUACUUUAACACCAACACGUCAAUAUGUCCGACAUGAUAUUGUUUCAGUUGAAGAACGAAAAGAUCCUGUAUGUAUAUUUAUGUUCACAGAUCAAAUUGUCUUCACAGUUGCAAGACGCAGAGGAAGUCAAGUGAUCAAGAAACCGAUAUUUCUUCGUUUGCAGUCCAUUCGUGGCGUUGAUGCCAUUGAAAAUAUUAAAUAUAAAAUUUAUCAUCGAUUAGGCAUUGAAGCUAUAGAACUGGAAUCACGUUUAGAAGUUAGCAUUGAACCAACUGGACAACAUAAAGAGGUAAAAGAUAAAAAAGAUUUGGCAUUACUAGCUGAAAUUGAAAAUAUUUCAGCGAGAUUAGAUUUUCGACAUUAUGAUCUAGAUGCUGUUGUGCGUAAAAUGUAUAUGUCUAUUCAAAAAGAGCUUGAAGAUUUACGUACAGCUAGAAAUACAACAACACCUAUGCCUGGUAAUAUAUCAAUUUUUACCGCUACUAGCAAAGAAGGUGUUGAACGUUAUGAGUUAAUGUUUCCAAAUAGUGCAAAACGAAAAGAAUGGGAAAGAACAAUACUCGAAUUAAAACGUCAAUUAAGUUCUGUUAAAAGAAUGGCACGAUUUAAUGAGGCUGUUCAAAUUCCACGUACAUUACCAGGAAUACAACUUUCAUGUGCAUCUAUGAUUGAAUCAUCUCCGAUUGUGGCUGAAACACCUUGCGAUGUAUGGAUAUGUGCAUCUGAUGGUUAUACUGGUUAUGUUUGCCUACUGACAGUUCAUCCAAAACCUAACGUCUAUUUCAAUGUUCCUUUGUCCGGAUGUACAUCUCGAAUCACAUGUAUAUGCUCUAUUCCUGGCUAUAUUCAUCCUGGAUUAAGAAGAACAUCCCACAGUCUAGGAGUUCAAAGUAUUCGGUUGAGAUAUGGAAUGGAAAAGAAACGUUCAGCCACUAUGGAUCAGCCACUUUUAGAAGUAGAACAACAGGUAACAGAAGAAAAUAAUCGUCAACAAAAACUGUCUGCAGCAUUGUCAGAAAAAGAAUCUCGGAUGAUUACAAAUGAGAAAGUGGUUGAUUCAAAGGUUGUGGAUAAAAUAGAAUCAAAUACAAACAAUGAUGCAAACAAAAAUGCUGGAACUACAUUAGAUGAUGAUGUAAGAUGUAGGAAAAGUAGCAUUCUACAAGACACAAGCACAAGUUCUCAUUCAACUACUCCACCUGAUACACCAACCAAUACAGAAUCUACAUUGAAACUCUCAGAUGGAGAUGAAUCUAAAGGUGAUGAUAUUUUAAAUCUACCUAAGAAAUGUGAUAUUGCUCCAGAAUCUAGUGAAAUUAACGUGCAACAAAGUCAUGAGUUGAUUACUCAAGCACACUGUGAAAAAUCCAAUUCGUCUGAAAAAAUUAAAAACGAACCACAACAAGAGAUUAGUUUAGAUAUUUAUGCUGAAUAUACUGAUGAUCAAGACGAUCCUACAUCGAAUGAUUCAGAUUCUUCUGAUAUUAGUGAAACAGAAGGUGAUUUAACACAACAAAUAAUUUCAGAGAAUUUAUCAGAUAACUCAUUAUUCAAAGAAUCUGAACAGAAUAUACAAUCAUCUUGUGAAUACGAUGGCAAGACAGAUGAAUAUUCAAAUUCACAUGGUAAAAAUCAUUGUCUCACUAAUUCAACACAACCAUUGAUGUGGUUGGGUACAGAAGAAGGAAGUAUUUUUAUGUUUUACGCAACUGAUAAUCUAAAGACAAGUAGACAACGUCAGAAACUCAGUUUAUCCCAUGGAAUCAAUAAUAUAUUGCAUUUCGAUGUGCAUAUAUUUGUUGCUUGUGCAAACGGCGAUCUUAUUGUGUACAAACGUAACUCAGAUGGUUUAUGGGAUGUUGAUAAACCGAUACAUGUGAAAUUACAGCCUAAUUCUAAUGAACCAGUUAUUGUAAAACGUAUGUUAGUUGUUGCCGGUAAAAUAUGGUGUGCAGCGCAUCGUUCAAUAUUUAUUUUAAAUCCAGCAACACUUACUUCAGAACUUUCAUUCCCACUGAAUGGUAAUUAUGCAGAUCCACGUGGAAUACAAUUGAUGGCUUAUGGAAAACAAACUGUAUGGUUAGCAACAGAAAAUAGUUCACGUAUUAGUUUAUAUCAUGCUACAACAGGUGAAUUUCUAAUGGAGAUUGAUUUAAAGCCUAUUGUACUUCAAAGGUUACAAGAUUGUGAUGAAAUUAUCAUGAGACAUAAAGAAGCUUGUCUAAGAAUUACUUGUUUAACAGUAUGCAAAGAUUUAUUGUGGGCUGGAACGAGUGCAGGAGUUAUUGUCACUGUCGCAAUACCAAAACUCGGUACAGGACCUACACACGAGAACAUUAAACAACCUCAAUUAGAGACUUUAUCAUAUGGACAUAUUGGACAAGUUCGAUUCCUUGUAACUUUGGAUAAUAUAGCAGAUGAUGAAAAUUCAAUAACAUGUAAAAAUGAAAAAAUCAAUACAUCUAAUCAAUCAAUAUACAUAUCAAAUUCAGCAAUAACCCCAUUUUCUGAUAAAGUAACAUCAUCGGAUAAUAAUGAAACAAACACAUCAUCUCAUUUAGUUAGUUCUAGUCGAACAAUUGAUCAUAGUCAAUCUGGUCAAUUAUCUAGACAUCAUUUUAGUGGUAGUCGUAGAUCAUCAAUAAAUCCAUGUACUACUAUUAAUACAAAAAUGAAAGUGAUUAGCGGUGGUGAAGGACGUGAAGAAUUUAGUAAAAAAGAUUUAACAACAUUGGGAAUAUAUGAUAAUAAUCUUUGUUGUACUAUUGGUGAUGAUGACAGUGAUAAUUAUGUUCUUAUUUGGGAUGUGAAAUAACUAUUCAUAUUAUAUAACAUAUAGAAAUUUUAAAAAAAAAACACUUUUAAAAAGAUAAUUCCUAUUCCAUGACUGUAUGGUAAGUUUGUUCUAGAAGCUCAUAUUCGAAAGACACUUCUUUCAAAUGAAAACAAAUCGAACUACUGUAAAUUAUCAUCCAUAGUAGACAUUUAUAAAACCUAUUCACUGUUUUACGGAAUAUAUAUAUAUACAUAUAUAUAUCCAAAACUCAUGUAUACUAACUGAAUAUCCCAUUUUUUUCUAAGUAAAACUUUAAUCGUACGUUUUUCUCCUCUUCAUUUUAGUAUCUGAACAAUAAUAGAUAUCAUGACAUCCAAACUAGUCAUCGUGGUCUAGCUUCAAAUGACUCAUGAUCUUAACCAUUGAAAUUACUACAAUCUCCACAAAAACCCAUCUGAUAUUAAUCAACAUAUGCUCACUAGUGACUGGCUUCACGAGAUAUAUCCUGGAGUUCUAUUGAGAAGUAGUGACCAGUGGAGUUCAACCAGGUCUCUUAUGAGAUAGUAACUCACUGAAGACAAUGGUGAAUGUGUCGCUCAAUUUCGUGGAUUAGUUGAAGUUAGACAUUAACACCAUUGGAUGCCAGCUGGCUCAGUGGUCUAGUGGUUAAGUGCUCGGGCGCGAAACCAGUAGGUCCUGGGUUCGAAUCUCGCAGGGGGCGAGGUCGUGGAUGCGCACUGCUGAGGAGUCCCACAAUAGGACGAAACGGCCGUCCAGUGCUUCCAGGUUUUCCAUGGUGGUCUAGCUUCAACUGACUCAUGAUCUUAACCAUUAAAAUAAGUAAACUGUCACGAAAUAUAUAGCUUACUACAAUAGAUAUCAGUAGUAAGUGAAAUAAAUGUUGAAGAAAGAAUGGUGAGACUAUAAUCUAUGGACGACCUUUAAGCGACACUGAAGUGACCUUGAGAGUGGAUACCUACUGAUUAGGAUGAAAUGAGGAUUAUAAACUAGUUAGAAUUAUGAUUUACAGUUCAUGGUUAAGGUUAAAAAUUAGAUUUAGAAUUUUCAUUACCAAAUGACAUCAGCUAUAAUAUCAAGAUUCUAUUUAGUCCAAUGUAUGAAUAAGUUUCGUGCCAAAACUCAUACUUAUUUACUUACGUCUGUUACUCCUAAUGGAGCAUAGGCCGCCGACCAGCAUUCUCCAACCCACUCUGUCCUGGGUCUUCCUUUCUAAUUCCAUCCAAUUCUUGUUCAUUUUUCUCAUGUCUAUCUCCAUUUCUCGGCGUAAUGUGUUCUUUGGUCUUCCUCUUUUCCCUUGGCCUUGAGAAUCCCAUGUGAGGGCUUGUCUUGUGACGCUCAAAACUCGUAACUCGUUGUUUUAUACGUGAUUUGUUCGUCUAUAAAUUAUAGUCUCACCAACUACUUACAUUCACUAUGUAUAUACAUAUGUUUCUUUAUUUUCUUUCAUCAUUAUAGUGAAUGUUUAUUUUUCUACUAUAACAUUUUCAUGUAUACAGAUUGAUAAAAUAUUCAUAACUCUAUGACGACAAUGAAUCAACAUGCAAACAGCUGAGUUCAAACUUAGAUAAAGUAAAAUAGAUUGGUCAGUAGAUAAAAAUAUAUUUGUAGUGUAGCGGUAAAUAAAUCCCCAAAAUAAAUAGCUUCGUAAGUCUUCGAGAUUGGAUGCUGACCACAUUAGUUUGUAGAUCACCAACGUAGAUGAUCUAUGUCGAAAUGAUUGGAGGCCGACUCGAGUUAGACGUGAAUGGUGUGACGAACCAACUAACGUCGAAGUCACACCUCGUGGUCAACACCUUACGUGGACUACCCCCAUUGACGUAACAAGGUACUAUAGAUGCUUUGAAGACUGUACAACACAAAGGACGUUAUUACAGAAAUAUAUUAGUUAAAGUAGAUACAAGCGAAAGUAAGACCACUGCCGCAUGGGCCAGUCCAUGGCGUAUGAUUAACUAAUGCGCGUUGGUUGUACAUGACCUUGGCAGGGAGCGACGAUCUGUUCGACAUUCAGUGAUCCAACUGUCGGAUGAUUUGGCUAGGGCUCAGUGACAUUUCACUGGCCCUACAAUACUCCCCACCAGAUUCAGCGGCCGUUUGAAUCGGUACCAAACAUGUUGGGAGCAGUCGCGCGCCGGAGAGUGCCAGACGAAUAUUAUAAAUCCUCCAGGUAUUGCUUAUCUGUAAAAGAAAUGGAAAGGAGGCGGCAGAAACUGGUCGCGAAACAGCGAGUCAUAAUAUGUUAUUAGGACGUUGGUUAAACGUAAAGCGAUUAACCAUAGAAAUAAUGAAAAGAACAAAACGUUUUAUUGUUCUAUCAAGUCGCGCUGAAAUAUAUAGCCUUGACAAGUAAUUCAGUUCCUCCGAUGACAAACGUUAAGUCUGCCGCAAGAGUAAUGAUGCUAUAGCGAUAGUAGGAUAAGUGUAUUAUCAAUCGAUAUCCAUAUUUGUACUGUCAUUAGUUUAAAGUUGUAAGUCGGACAGUGUCGU